AUGGUCAACGUCCAUCCAAUCUCCACCACACUCUCAUCCGCGACGUCUCCUCUCACUGUACAAGGGCACCUGUGCCGUCUGUUUGUUCAACGUCCUGUCAGGACGUUCCCGGCUCGUUCGCUGAACUGCACAACGCCGUACGCAUCGGGUCUGGGAAGUCGCGAUACGCAAAUCCCGGCGCUCUAUAAACCAGGUGAUGUAAGCCCGCGAGCUGCCCACGACAUGCGCCGCGCUACUCGUCCCAUCUUCGCCUUUAAAACCCCUACCGCCAGCCAAGCACAGGCUUCCAUGAUCACCAUGGACCGACGACGUGCCAGGGAAAUGGAGAACUCUCUGCCCUGGACCCUGGAUUUUCCCGUCGUCUCGGUCUGGUGGCACGUCUUCGAGUCCUGUUCUGAACUCACUGGGGCGAUCCAGAUGAGUAGCGCGCAAGACAACCAGGGAGCAUGA